UCCUCUUCUUUUACAGAAACCUCAUCGUCUUCCUUUUCCCUUCUUCCUUUAUAACCAACAAUUCCCCUAAUUCAUUCAUACCCACACCCUCAAUAAAAAAAGAAAGGGUAAAAAUCCAAAUCCCUCUCUUUCUCUCCGGUGUUCAAUUUUCUGUUUGGAUCCCAGGAAAAUGGCGAAGAAACGAAAGUCGGACGCCACGCGACUCGACGAGGUCGAUCGGACCAUGUACACAACCUUCUGCAGCGCGGCCAACUCUCUCUCCCAGCUUUACGCCCAGGCCAUGAACCACCAGCGCCUCUCCUUCCAAGCCGGCGAGCGCCACGGCCUGGAGAGACUUUAUCAGUGGAUUGUAAGGCAGCAAGAGGAAGGAUCAAGAGUGACAACAGUAGAUAUAGUUGCCUACUUACAGAAUGAGCUUGAUUUUGGUUCUGAGGAGCCUCCAAUGUCUCCCAGGACGCUGCUGCAGCAACAACACUUGCAAACUGCAAUGCACUCGGCCAAUUUAGGUCCAACCAUUCCAGCUGCUCCAGCUACGGCUGGGCAGGGAGGUCGGUGGGGACACUCUGAGCAACGGGCUAAAAAUUCAGUGUUCUCAAAUGCCCUUUCUAGCCCUGUUCGUCGAAGUCUUCAAUCCUAUAACCUUGCUGCACAGGGAAGUUACCAUUCAGGUAAUUUCACGCCUCACGGCGAUGCACAUCGUAGUAACAACGAGAUAAACAGUUAUCCUCAGCAAAACAGGGAUACCAAUCCUUCCGUGUCGAAUGAUUCCUUGGACAUGCAUACAGAUAGCCCUGACCGUGACUUUCCUUGUUGAAAUUACCUGUCUGGAAGGAAAAAAAGUGCUUGAGUAAGAAAAUGAUGUCUGAUUUGAUAAAAUUUACGGUUGUGAUUAGAAGUGCUGAAUUAUAGCAAAUUUGAACGCAGUGUCAAUGCUAACUAGUCUUUUCUGAAAGCCUAUAUUGUCUGGUUGCUGCUGAUGCGCUGUGAUUUUCUUCCUCCCUCCCAGACAGAAUGGACAGACAGAAUACUAGUUACUUGAAAA